AUGAAGCUUACCCUCGCACAAAUAGCUUCGAUCUUCGCAUUCUGUAACUACGCUGUUGCAGAGCCUAUCGUCGAACGUGACAACACCGCCAAUGCUCAAGUCGGUGGUCAAGGUAACACUUUGCAGCAACAGCAAGGUGUUGUCAGUGGACAAGGUAACACCCAACAGCAAGGUUCUGCAAGCGAUAACAGCAAUAUUCUUCAAGGCAACACAAAUAAUGGCAAUGUCAUCAUCAACCAUGGUAAUGCAUCAUACAUUACCCAGGUCGUCAAUGCCUAUGCCACCUACUGUCCAACAGCAACCGUCGUCGCCAAUAAGUAUACAGUUAAGACUGUAACAGCUGGUGGAUGGCACACUGUCACUGCUUGUCCGGCUGGUUGCACCAUCACCAACAAGCUUAAUACUCCACCUUCCGCUACUCCUGUUGGACCCAUCGUCUCUGAGAAUACAGCUCCUGCUUCCUCACUUGCAACACCUACGAUUCACUACUCCUCCUCAACUGCAAAGCCUACAAGCCACACUUCUUCAAUUGCCACACCAACAAGCCACACUUCUUCAACUGUAGAGCCUACAAGCCACCCCUCCCCCACCACCAAACCCACAGUUCCCCAUUCCCCAUUCCCCAAACCUACACAUGUACCCUCGAACUCUACCACUCCCGUUACAGUUCCAGCUGUUGUUAAGACCUCGGCUGUUGUCUCUAGUGAAACUCACAUUGCUCCUCCGGCGGAAACUUCGUCGGUUGUUGUUUUACAAUCUACUACGUUGGUUGUUAAGACUAGCUCUGCUGCUGGAGCCUCGACUCAUGCUCCGGUUGUUGUUCCAAGUAGCAGCUCGACUGGGAUUUUGACUCAUACUCCAGUUGUUGUCGUUCCAACUGGUAGCUCGAUUGGAGUUUCAAUUCAUACUCCAGUUGUUGUUCCAACUAGCAGCUCGAUUGUUGUCUCGACCCAUACUCCAAUUGUUGUUCCAAUUGAGACCCCAACUUCCAGCUCGACUGAUGUCUCAAUCUACACUCCAGCUGUUGUUCCAACUAGUAUUCCAACUAGACCCUCAACCCCAACCAACAACAACAAUGGAUCCGCAACAGCUACAGCUCCAUCCAGCACCCACACCCCCAAGAUUUUCGAGGGCACAGCCUCCAGCAUUAGUGCCAGCACCAUCGCAGCUCUCGCUGCUGUUGCUGCCUUGGCUAUGGCUUUGCGUUCUGGAUACACUCCUCGCUCGCUUUUUAUCCGUGACAAUCUUCCAGGAUGCGGAUAUAAAGGCGAGGGAGAUGUUUUGAUAUGUCGCUAUAUCAUGUAA